GCAUCAAACAGCGAACCCUCAGAUAAACCAAACAAACAGACCGGGGAUCGCACAGAGGGAGGCGGCGCUGGAAGUGGAAUAACAACACAACCAGAUCUCGACGCCUUGCACUUUACAAACUCUUUGCAUUUCCACUUUUGUGAUCUCUCUGUCUUGCAUGCAAUUGUAUUGAAUUGUGAGGUUAUUGUCAUGCGAUCAUAAUGACCUGUUUGUAGCUCUAGUGUCCGCCCUGUGAUUGCGCUUUGAUGUAGGCCUAGAGGCCGAUCAGAGAUCAGAUUACAUGUUUUAGAUCGCAGCCAUCCCCUGCCUUUGAUCUCCACGCUGAUUUUGUCUUCAAUCCGGGGAUUCCUCUGGACUGGAGCAGCGCAGCCGGGCAGAGAGCACAUCGCAUGGCUGGAAUGGUCUGGAGCCCUAUGCAGAACGCAUAGGAGUGGAUAUCUGUCUCAAACUACAGUCAUUCAGCCAGGGAAGGGAUAACUAAAGGAAGAGAUAACUAAAGAACCGAUCAGACUACAGCAGCACAUACCAGACUCAUUCCACAGUAGCCCCUCAAAAUGGCCUGGAUGUUUGGUCAAACCUGGUUACUUCUACUGACAUUUCAUGUAAUAUACUCAUCACUGGUUCCUGUAACGGCGGAGGAGGAGACCAGUGAAUGCAGAGAACAGGAGUACAAGGAUCAGCUUGGGAACUGUAAACCCUGCAAGCAGUGCGACGCGGGACAGGAGCUAUCAAAGGAAUGUGGCUUUGGUUACGGAGAGGAUGCCCGGUGUGUGCCCUGCAGAAGCAGCCGCUUCAAAGAAGAUAGGAGCCUGCAGAAGUGCAAGCCCUGCCUGGACUGUGGCCUGAACAACCGCUUCCAGAAGGGAAACUGUUCCACCACCAGAAAUGCUGUGUGCGGAGACUGUCUGCCCGGGUUUUACAGGAAAACUAAGCUGAGCGGAUUCCAAGAUAUGGAGUGCAUACCAUGUGGGGACCCUCCACCUCCAUAUGAACCACACUGCAGCGGACGGGUGAACCUGGUUCACAUCCCCCCGGUGGUGACCAGCCCUCGGGACAUGGCUCUGGCAGCAGUCAUCUGUAGCGCUCUGGCCACCGUGCUGCUGGCCCUGCUCAUCCUCUGUGUCAUCUACUUCAAGAGACAGCUGCUGGAGAAGAAGCCCAGCGCAUCUCUAAGGUCCCAGGAUGGUCCAUACAGUGGAGCAGAGUUGUCCUGCCUGGACCGACGGAAGCUCCAUGACUUCCCUCAGCGCCCAUGCUGCCAAUGUCACCAUGGGCCAGGCCACACCUGUGGUAGGUCCAAUUACUGGUGGGCUUCUACAAGCACAUCAAGUGGCCCAGUGCACUUGAUCCCCUCCCUGUGCUGUGAUGAAAUCUGCAGUCUGGGCCGGAGUAGAGACACCAGCCCCUUCCAGUCCCAGAUCAGCCUCAACGAGGGAUGCAGCAUAAACCCCUGUGAGGAGAACGUCCUGGCCUAUCUGAAAGCCCAUCCAGAGCCCUGCAUCUCCAGAGAGGCUGGCGAGACAUGGCCACUCAUGCAGAACCCCGACUGUGUCGAGAGCUUGGGAUCGCCCCGCUGCAACCCAGAACCCACAGAGAGGUGUGAUGAGGGCGAGGAGAAAGAGGAAGAGGGGUGCACGUUAAGUGAGGACACACAGGAGAAACCAACUGAUCAUAGCCAGGAGAAGACUGGUGCCUUGACAGAGGUCCUCCUUCCAAAGCAGCAGCCAUCUUCACUGGAAGGAUGACAUGGAUUUAGUUGGCUCGCGUUCCACCCUUGAACCACCCUGGACCGGAAAACAGUCCAGAAAGAUCCCGUUUCAGAUUACAUUAGCCCACACACCAAUUUCAAAAUAGUGUGUGGCACACAAUCUCUUUCAAGCGGCUUGUGACCCACGGCCUUCCGUCACGCAUCUGAAGCGACUAUGUAAAUAAAUGCAAACAAAAGCACUUCACUGUAAAAUAAAGCACAAAGAGCAGAGACUAAAAAGAAAUCUAUGCACAACGCGAUGUUGCCGGGCCAGAGGCUGAUAUAAUGAAGUUCAAAUGAUGACAAAAUGACUGUUGACUGGUACAAGGUAAAUAGAAGCCAUCCCAUUUGUUUCCGAUGUCUGCUUAAGAAUGUCUUACAUUUACUUAUGUAGGUGACUAGCAGCAACAGUAUCACAGAUCUGGCAGUGUGACUAUUGGUGUGUCUUAAUAACUGACAACGUCUCCUUAAAAGGCCUAAGAGAAGCACGUCAAAACGGACGUCUGUGAUUUCUGGUGCACAUUGAAGACAGUCUAGAUAAUACUGAAUAAGACCUUUUAAGGAUGGGACCCUUUUCCCCAAAAAUUUUGCCUAAAAUGACAUACCCAAAUCUAACUGCCUGUAGCUCAGGCCCUGAAGGAUAUGCAUUUUCUUGGUACCAUUUGAAAGGAAACACUUUGGAGUUUGUGGAAAUGUGAAAGGAUUGUAGGAGAAUAUAACACAUUAGAUCUGGUAAAAGAUAAUACAAAGACAAAACCAACUUUUUUUUGUACCAUCAUCUUUGAAAUACAGAGAAAGGCUAAAAUGUAUUAUUCCAGCCUGGGUGCAAUUUAGAUUUAGGCCACUAGAUGGCAGCAGCGUACCGGCAAAGUUUUUAGACUGAUCCAAUGAAUCAUUGCAUUUCUGUUCAAACUGUUGUAUCAAGACUGUCCAAAUGUGCCUAAUUUGUUUAUUAAUAACUUUUCAUGUUUAAAACUGUGCACUCUCCUCAAACAAUAGCAUGGUAUUCUUCCACUGUAAUAGCUACUGUAAAUUGGACAGUGCAGUUAGAUUAACAAGAAUUUAAGCUUUCUGCCAAUAUCAGAUAUGUCUAUGUCCAUUGUUCUUGUUACUUACAACCUUAUGCUAAUCGCAUUAGCCUACGUUAGCUCAACUGUCCCGCAGGGGACCCACCAAUCCUGAAGAACAAUGAGGAAUGUUUGUGUUUGAUAUCAAAUUGGUUGUAGAUCUUGUAAAAUAGAAAAUAGGUCAAUAUUUUUGUAACGUAGACAUGACUGACUAGUGGCAAAUAUGCCUGUUUUUUUCAGUUGCAGUAUUGGUGGUUGUGCAUAAUUUUUUUAUACACUUCCACAAUUAAAUUAGACAUAAUUGUCCAUAUUUGUAAAUAAACCACUUCAACAAGACAAA